ACUUCCCUAUCCAGCCAGCUCCAGGUCUGACUGGUUCUCUCUAGGCGACUGCUGGGCGUACGCAGUGGUGGGCAGCAUCGAGGCUGCGCUCGGCAUUCUCGCCAACACUACAGUGGCGCCGGUGCUGUCAGUGGAGCAGCUCAAGACCGCCAUGAAGGUCGGCUGCUCAGGCAGCACGCCCUCUCAGGCCUUCCAACUGCUGCUCAAGCUGGCACAAAAGGGAGGCGGGCUCAUGCCUGAGAGACAGUGGGCAAUCAAGAACGGCAAGAAGCUCGUAAAGGCAGGCAGCAGCAGUCCGCUCUGCACGCCGCUCAUGAAGCCACUGGCGAAGCUGUUUGGGGUGUCGUGCGACAAGGGCGGCGCUGGCACUCCCCCCGGUGGCUUCCCCAUCAGAGGCUUUGAGUCGACGUCCUUCUACGGCUGGUUUGGGCUGCUGCUGGCCGUGCAGCGGCAGCCAGUGGUGGUGCACAUUGAGGCUUCCGCUGCGUCCUUCAAGGAUUACGAUGGGGACCCAGCGUGCUUCACGUACAACCUGAACCACGUGGUGCUGCUGGUGGGGUACCGCCUGGUGGGCAAAAACUCGCGCUUCCCCCACAUGGCGCCGCCCUUCUGGAUCAUCCGCAACUCAUGGGGGCCUGACUGGGGCGAUGGGGGUCACAUGCGCAUGGACAUCCAGGGGGGGGAUGGCGUCUGCGGCAUCAACUCCCUGCCGGGCCUCUACCCUGUGGUCAGAGGUACCUCUGACCCCUGCAGCAUAACCGCCCGCAAUGAUAACACUGGCUCAUUCUUCAAUCCCUGCGGCAAGUUCAAGUGCACUGUAAAGGGCAACACAAACGAGUGUGACUGCAACGACCCGCGCUUCAUCCAAGCAACCAACACUGAUGGCUCUCGCACAUGCUCUUACAAGGACGCAUGCAAGGCAGCCAAGCGCAACCCGUGUGCGGUGGGCACGUGUGUGAAUGACGGGGCGGGGUCGUACUCGUGUGUGUGUCCACCGGGCUUCAGGCAGGGCACCACCAUCGGUGGCACUUUCUCCUGUGCUCCAGGUUCCUUCUCCUGUGCUCCAGUGUGCAUUCGCAACACGCUGCGCUGUGGCACCAACACAACCUACACCGUGCUCUCUCCAAACAUCCGCUGCUCUGAUGUCUUCCCGGUCUAUGGCCUCACGUUCGCCCAGUUCCAAGCCCAGAACCCAUCGGUGUCGUGUGCAGACCCCAUCCCACCCUCCACGGUGCUCAAAGUGGCCAGCCCAGCCUCUCUCAUCCCCUGCUCCGUCUUCUACACCACUCAGCAGGGAGACACCUGUGCGGCCGUAGCCGAGUACUUCCAGAUGGACUCGUCCUGCCCAUCUGCCACCUGCACGACUGCCUUCCAGGCGCUCAACCCCAGCCUGGACUGCACUGCCAACGGCGGGCUGCUGCAGCCCGAGCAGACGGUGUGUGAGGAGCGCAUGAGGGAUAAAGUGGGGCUCAUCCCGGUGUGCUCGCAGUACUACCUAGUGCAGAGCGCAGAGACGUGCGAGUCCAUCCGGAACGUGCCCUACCCCCCUCUGAGCCCCGUUGAUUUCUUCCGCCUCAACCCCGGCAUGAAGUGCAACCGCCUUAUUCCAAACACCGACGUUGGCAGUUUCACUGGCUUUGAG